GCGACUAGCAGCAGACCAAGCCAAGUAAGGCGUUCUGCUACGAAAGCUCAUCAUCGUUGCUUAGUGGUUGGUUUCGUUCGCAGCUGUAAACUCCAAGUGUUCCACCCUUGCGGUGUACGUUCCCUCGCAUCCGAUCUCUAUCUACGAUACAGCAGAAGAUCUUCGUCAAAAUUUAUCUUCUAUCUUCUCUCAAUUGUCGGCCUUUUGGUCGAAAUUACUACCCGUGCUGUCUGUCAUUGUGUUUUCCGCCUCGUGUACGUCACUACAACAACCUCUGUUGCGUCAUUGUUACGACCAACCGUUGACGUUUACCCGGCUAUCGACAAUAGACUAGGUGGCGACAACGAGGUAACAAGCAGCAGUUCUGCUUCACCAUAGCGAUAAUCAGCUACAGCAAGAGCAACAACAACGUGCAAUAAUUGUAUUUUAUAAAACAACGAAUAGUUAUACGACGAAUACAGUUUCUCUGGCUAUCUUGCCUGAACGCCCGGAAUUACGUGCGUGAUAAUACGACUGUCCGCCGAUAGCUUUACACUUUGGCAAUAGCGUCUUUAACUCCUCUUGCAGCAGCAAUCGCGGGUGACGGUUUUAGUUCCAGUGAACCAAGCCAAUAUAUGUAUUGCGGCGUCUAUUUUGCGUUUGAUCGUCGUCCGUUCGUUUAACUGGAGACCUCCUUCCCCCAAACCCCUAAUUGGUCGUCUGUCGUUGCUUGCGCCCUUAGACGGACAACUGUUAGGAUCGGACAAGAGCUAUUCGACGUGGCAGUACGUGACAGGUCUCCGCACGGUAUUGAGCUACAAGUAUCACGACUAUAUUGUCCUGGCUCAAAUCGAAUUCGUUUGACAACCAUCACCAACGCUCCAUCUACUUAGUAAUCGUUGCUGAUGUUGCUAUCAACAAUUAGGCAAUUAUAAACCUACAUAACCUUGAUAACCGUAUCUAGUGCGUUUAAUUGUGUGUCUGUGUUAUCUCUGCUUCAGCACCAAUAACCAGCCAACAGUGUCCAGUGUUCAAUUCAACUACGACGACGCGUACAACAACGGCAUCAAUAAUAUCGCGUUGCUUUUCAUCGUGUUUGACGCGUUUCGUGCGCACCACCCGGUUACAACGUCUAUAGUGUCGUUCGUCCACCAUUCGACUACUACAUCUAUUGCCACCUUUGAAGGAUUGAGUUUUUUUGCCACUGUCAAACUUUGUUUUUUGCAAUCCAAUAAGUACAUCAUCCAGUCAAAUACGGACGUGCACAGUGAAUAGUGUCGCUAUAGGCGGAAAUCUGUUAUUUUCUUUGCGUCUACUACUAUAACCCUUUGGGAGAGGAAAGUGGGACGGCUCACUGGGUGUCACUGCAAUCUACAAGAGAUUCGUUUAUCAGCUUCAGCGUGUGUCCCUAAAGAUCACUAGCUCUUAGCGGCAAGACGUCUAAAUGUCGUUGCUGGGAAGGCGAAAGAACGACGCGAACUUUCACUAACGCACAGCCAGGCCGGCGUUGCCACAAGUUUCUGCCGAGGACGACCAAGUAAAAGGGUUUCACGAUAAACCUGCCUGUUGCGGGCGGCUCUGAACGUGUUCACGAGCGUCAGACGCUGCUACAGAGAACAUUUCUCUCUUCUUUGAGAUAGCGUUUUUGCAACGAAAUUUAAUUCCUUGGUUUACAGAGAUAGGCUGUUGGUCGACGAUUGACGGCUGCACAUAGCGCACGACUGUUUCCCGGUCGAACAGAUAGUUGUUGUCAAGCCAUUUUAUUGAUUUCGACAAACGUCAUAUCGUGACCGUGCUUUCGAAUUCUACGUCAGCUGGAUCUGUCUGUCUAAGCUCAACCCAUAGUGUUACCGCGACGUUAGGUGUGAACAAGAUUUUUCGCCAACGUUCCUAAUCAACAGUUUCAAUGUGUUUUCAAUCAGUGUGAGAACAAGCAAGAUAUACUACUUCGAUUGCUGCGUGGAGCGUCAAGAAAAUACAAGAUUCUAUCUACGUCUGCUCGAUUCGCGUAACAGACCUACUUACCGUUGUUUAUUGACGGGUUACGUAGCUAACGAAUUAGCUGCUGCUGCUGCUGCUGUUAUCUACUAAUCAUUAUAGAAUAGCAAUUUUGUCUAGCCGUUUUUGCUGUUCGAAUCGUCAAAGUUUCUGUCCGAGUUAUUGUCAACUUACUAUACCCACUAGUCACUUAUCUGUUGGCUUAGUGCAAACUUCUUAAACAUACACAACUCUCAAGUUGUUAAUUCGUCAUCAGUCAACUUACUCUACCCUAUGUACUGAUCCAAUCGUUAGUGCACAAUUCUGGCCAGGUGCUGCUAAUAGCCAAAUCGCUGGUAAAUAAAGCACUUUCUUCAAAGUUUGUGGCCGAAUUUAUCGAUCUAGCGUACCACCAAUACUCAGUAGUUCACUGGCUUGUGUUUCUGCGACAGCUGCCGCCGACGAAUAUUUUAUUAUUCCUACAACGGGCCACCGGAACUAGCCUGAAAAUAUCAGGCACCAUUUACACUUAUUUUCUCACCUGGUCCAAUACGGGCUCUAUUUAAUUUGACGGUUGGACACCGACAGAGACUUCAUCGUUGUCGAGACCGGCUCCUGAAAACUCUCCCGUUGCCAUCAUCAUCCAUAUUCCUACCAUUGCAAGAAGUCUUCUGCGUGUUCUGUGUUCUUCCAUUUAGCGACCAGCUACAACGAAUAGUCAAAUCACUCGCAAAUAGACCAUCCAGCCAGCUAAAAACACCGACUAUUCGCCUGGUGUCGUUAGGCUAUCCAGCACUGCAAGCAAUUAUCAGCUAACAACGGUACCUACGUUUAGCUAAUAAAUCCUUCCUUUGAAACUUCCAUUUUGCCUUUCGGCGCAUCCCUCCCGUUGCCAUACACGUACACGGUGAACUGUGUCAUACACCAGCUAUAACGAGCACAAUUUCCCUCAAGAGCGAGUCAAUAAGCAUCUACCGGCAAACGAUACUGCUACCCGAAUUUUCAUCAGCAUUGAUCAAGCAUACGAGAUGAACGGUAUGGAGUCGGCGACGCAAUCAGUAGCGACGCAGUCUCCCGGUAACCCUCAAAGCAACGGGAUGCACUCGCCCAAUGCACAGGCGGCUGCUGAAGAUUCAAAGACAAACCUCAUCGUCAACUAUCUGCCUCAGACGAUGACGCAGGAGGAGAUACGCUCCCUAUUCUCUUCGAUAGGCGAAGUUGAAUCAUGCAAGCUCAUCAGAGAUAAAGUUACAGGUCAAAGUUUGGGAUACGGAUUCGUGAACUACGUUCGCGCUGAAGACGCCGAAAAGGCCAUCACUACUCUCAACGGACUCAGACUACAAAACAAGACGAUCAAGGUGUCGUACGCCCGCCCGAGCAGCGAGGCGAUUAAGGGCGCCAACCUGUACGUCAGCGGACUGCCCAAGUCCAUGACCCAGCAGGACCUCGAGCAGCUCUUCGCCCCUUACGGCGGAAUCAUCACGUCGCGCAUCCUCUGCGACAACAUCACCGGGCUUUCCAAAGGCGUCGGCUUCGUGCGGUUCGAUCAGCGGGUCGAAGCUGAGCGCGCCAUUAAGCAUCUGCACAACACCGUGCCUGAGGGAGCUACCGAGGCCAUCACGGUCAAGUUUGCCAACAACCCAAGUAACAACGCCAAAGCUAUUGCGCCCCUCGCGGCUUACCUUUCUCCGCAGCGCCGUUUCCCGGGACCGAUUCACCAUCCUGCCAACCGAUUCAGGUAUGGCUUGCCUCCGCUGUCAGCGGCCGCAGCCUCGCCUCUCGCCAACAACCCAUCGACCAGGUACUCUCCUCUCGCCGGCGACCUGUUGACCAACCCCCUACUGGCUGGUAACGCUAUCAACGGCACGGGCUGGUGCAUCUUCGUCUACAAUCUUGCCCCGGACACGGAGGAGAACCUACUGUGGCAACUUUUCGGUCCGUUCGGCGCUGUGCAGAGUGUCAAGGUCAUUCGCGACCUUCAGACCAAUAAGUGCAAGGGAUUUGGAUUUGUUACUAUGACCAACUAUGAUGAAGCCUUGGUUGCGAUCCAGUCCCUCAACGGUUAUACCCUGGGUAAUCGGGUGCUUCAGGUGUCCUUCAAGACCAAUAAGGGCAAGUCCUAAGCAGGCAGACGGCAACGGCACUCGACGACGACGACAGUCCUCCGGUAUCCGCUUUCAUCAUCAGACGUAAUCCAUCGACAGCAGCAACAGCAACAGCAGCAGACGCAGCAGCAGCAGCAACAACAACAACAUUAGUGAUAAGCUGAUGCCAAGAAAUAUUUCGAAUUUAUGAUUGAUCAUGAACAGCAAAAAACACUCACCAGUCUGCUACUACUCAAAUUUCAAAACAAAAGGUAACAAACAGCUAAAAAAAACAAAUGUAAAUAUUCAGAUCGACUCCGGAGGACUGGUCUCACUCAAAACUCAAGGCUCAACACUCUAAUUACCAACCGUAAAGUUGUCUAUAUAUAUGUGUGUAUAUAUAUAUGCAUGUGAGAAUACAUCGCAACAAGGUGUGCCGGCAAACGAUAAACGUCCCUCGAAAAGGAACUCCUCAACGUCUACUACCACCAGAUUGUGCUGGCCACCUAAAAAGGGGAUCACCGCGGCCAAACCCAAUUUAUCGCUAUUCGCGAUAUAAAUCUAUCGUUUAUAUCGAUCGUCAAUCGCAUGCAUACAGCAAUUGUUUCGGCUAGCCACAAUGAUCAUUCGAAUCCUAGUAUUUUUCAAACGAGUCAUAUAAUUAAAACAUUGUAACUACGUAUAACUGCAAUCUGUUACAACAACAACAACAACAACAACAACAAAGACUGCGUGAAACGUAAGAAAUCUCUUUUCGUAAAUAUUACGUCCCGCCAUCUUACCGAAACCGGAACGAACUAAACGUCCCACGUACGCUGAUGAACGACGUAUGCUCGUUGAGAAAUGGUUAGGGCACAGCUCUUCUCGUAUCCAAUUAGUAGACAUCGACCUGCAACCUAACUCAUGUUGUUGCUGUUGUUGACGGCCCCCAACAAAGACCCACAAAGAGGUCACGAAGCAUUCACAGCGAUUCAUUCGUGGCUGGCUAACCAAAUAAACAUUGUUGCCUAUGAUAACCUAUCUAACUAGGUAGAAAAAAAAA